UGAUUAUAUUUGUAUUUUGAAGCUAAUAUUUUUAUUUUUGGGUUUAAUCUUGAAUGUGAAUUGGGUUUUUGUUUUUGGGCAAGUAACGUUGAGUCUUUGAUAUUAUGAUAAUAUCUUUUGAAAUAAGUUUUCUGGGUUUUGUUUGUCUUGAGCUUGUCAUUAGAUGGUAUUAGUUUUGAUAUUGGAUAUUGAAGAAGAAAGGUUGAUUGCUACUGUAUAACUGUUGUUCAAAAUACCGAAUUUUCAGCUGUUAUUCUAACAAUUUUUUUAUUGAUUAUGUGCCUUUUUUAAUUGUUUUUGGACUUUGGAUUCUGAAUUUGUCUCACUUUUAGAUAGUGAUGAAUUUGGAAUUGGAAUUUAGGUGUAAUGAUUCAUGAAAAUAGAUAAUAAAGAAAAGGCAAUGCAAUGAAGCAGUCUGCUGACCAUCCGGCUUCAGACCCUACCAAGAUUCCAAAGGCAAAUGAAUCUAAGGAAGUGGAAAGUGCAGGUGGUAUUUUUUCUGGUUCUGACAUCUGCCAUGCCUCAAGUGAUGCUACCCUUUUUUCUAGCUCAUUGCCUGUUCUUCCACAUGAAAAGUUGAACUUAAAUGCUAUGGAUCAUAGUUAUCGAUCUAUUGAUGAUAUCGCAUCUGAUCUAAAUAACCUCCAUCAAGAUGUGGGUGGCAAUGAUCCACUCAGAGACAUUGAAGGUCAUGCACUUGGAAGCUUGCUUCCUGAUGAUGAGAAUGAGCUUUUAGGAGGCAUAAUGGAUGACUUUGACUUAAGUGGGUUGCCUAGUUCACUGGAAGAAUUGGAGUAUGAUCUUUUUGGUAGUGGAGGGGGUAUGGAAUUGGAAACUGAUCCACUAGAGAGCCUAACCAUUGGUAUGUCAAAAGUGAGUCUCUCUGAUGCCAUGGUUGGAGACGGCAUGCCCCAUCAUGGUCUUCCAAAUGGUGUUGGAACCAUCGCUGGGGAACAUCCAUAUGGAGAACAUCCUUCGAGGACAUUAUUUGUUAGGAAUAUAAAUAGCAAUGUUGAGGAUUCAGAACUAAGAGCUCUUUUUGAGCAAUAUGGUGAUAUUAGAACUCUUUACACUGCAUGUAAACAUCGGGGCUUUGUAAUGAUAUCCUAUUAUGACAUUCGUUCUGCUCGAACAGCUAUGCGUGCUUUACAGAACAAGCCACUAAGACGGAGAAAACUUGACAUUCACUUCUCAAUUCCUAAGGAUAAUCCAUCAGAGAAGGAUAUUAAUCAAGGAACUUUGGUAGUUUUUAAUUUGGAUCCAUCAGUUUCAAAUGAAGAUCUUCGUCAAAUAUUUGGGGUCUAUGGCGAGGUUAAAGAGAUAAGGGAAACGCCACACAAGAGACACCAUAAGUUCAUUGAAUUUUAUGAUGUUAGAGCUGCAGAACAAGCUCUUAAGUCACUGAAUAGAAGUGACAUAGCUGGUAAACGUAUUAAGCUUGAACCUAGUCGACCUGGAGGAGCUCGUCGCAACUUGAUGUUGCAACUAAAUCAAGAGCUUGAACAAGAUGAAUCUCGGGGUUUUAAAUGUCAAGUUGGUUCCCCAAUAGCCAAUUCUCCUCCAGGUAGCUGGACACAGUUUAACAGUCCUAUAGAACAAAAUCCUAUGCAUUCCCUUAGUAAGUCCCCUGUUUUCAGGACCAUGAGCCCAACGACCAGAAACCAUUUACCUGGUCUGGCUUCUAUCCUGCAUCCUCAAGUGCCAAACCCCAUGAAAGUUGCACCUUUUGCCAAGGACCAAGGGAGGGGUAUUCAAGUGGAGCAUUCAUUAACCAGUAUGAAUUCAACCCAUGGAGCUGGGUUUCAACUUUCCCAUUCCUUGCCAGAGCCAAAGUUGAGCCAUUACCACGGAACCAUACCUACUUUUGGUCCUUCAAAUGGUUCCAGUAUGGAAACAUUAUCUGGGCCACAGUUUCUUUGGGGAAACCAAAAUUCAUAUAUGGAUCACACAAACUCUUCACCUUGGCCACCAGCAUCUAUGGGACAUCCAUUUUCAUCCAACGGAAAAGGCAAUGGCUUUCCAUACUCAGGUUGGCAAGGAUCUUUCUCAGGCUCAUCCCAACACCAUCAUCAUCACAUUGGAUCUGCUCCAUCUGGUGUUCCUCUGGAAAGGCAUUUUGGUUUCUUCCCAGAAUCAUCAGAUAGUACAUUCAUGAGUCCUGCUGCUUUUGGAGGCAUAGGUGUGGGCCAAAGGGAUGGAGGUUUUAUGGUUAAUAUGGGUUCUUGUCCUGCUAUGAGUUCAGGUAUUAGCAUUCCACGGAAUGUGUCUGAGAAUGGUUCAUCAAGUAUGAGAAUGAUGUCUUCACCUAGGUUGAGUUCUGUAUUUUUGGGCAAUGGCCUAUACCCAGGACUACUGCCUAAUGGUAUGGAGGGGUUGGCUGAGCGUGGCAGGAGCAGAAGGGUUGAAAAUAAUGGGAACCAGCUGGAUAACAAAAAGCUGUUUCAGCUGGACUUGGAUAAAAUUAUUAGUGGUGAAGAUACUCGAACAACCCUGAUGAUAAAAAAUAUUCCAAAUAAAUAUACCUCAAAGAUGUUGCUGGCUGCCAUUGAUGAAAAUCACCGGGGGACUUAUGAUUUUCUCUAUUUGCCCAUUGAUUUUAAGAAUAAAUGCAAUGUGGGCUAUGCCUUUAUCAAUAUGCUGUCUCCUUCACACAUUAUUCCGUUUUAUGAGGCAUUUAAUGGAAAGAAGUGGGAGAAGUUUAAUAGUGAGAAAGUUGCUUCUUUGGCAUAUGCUCGAAUCCAGGGAAAGGCCGCUCUUGUUGCCCACUUCCAGAAUUCAAGCUUGAUGAAUGAAGAUAAGCGCUGUCGCCCAAUCCUCUUUCACUCUGAGGGCCCAGACGGUGGUGAUCAGAGCAUCCCAGAGCAUUUACAUUCCAGUUUGAAUAUCAUACGCCAGCCAAAUGAGUCACACUUGGGUGAUUCUUCGGGUAACCCUAAAGAGAAAGAUGCUGGCAAGGAGGUAGAAACCUUUUAACAGCUUAGUGGAAGGAGAUUGCCCUAUCACCGAGUUCUUGGGGGGAAGUGAUUGCUAACUUUUACGUACAUACUCAACUGUACAAACAUAGGAAGAGUUGAACCAGCUAUAACAGGAUGCAGAUUUUGUGGAGUCUCAAGACUCUUAGUAGCAAAGCAUUUGAACUUUGAAGCUGUAGGAGCAUUGUGGUUUUUGCACAGAUCACUGUCUUAUGUCUUGCAUUUGAGAGGAUGUUACUGUGUUCUGCAUGAUUAUUCUUCAUUUUCCUCUCUAUUUUCGGUUCUUUUUGAUGUUCAGGUGAUCUGGAAUUUGAUAGUUUAAGUUGAUUAUAAUAUCUAUAUGUGUUGUUAGAGUUGAGAUUUUGAAGGGUCGGGAUGUAACCAUCGGCGUCAUUUACAGAAAAUUGUAUGGUGCAAAAUACAGACUCUUUUUUUAAGUAUUUAUCAUUUAAAUAAUCUAAAUAAA